AACCUUAUUUUCAUAUACAAUAAUUCAGGUACCAUCUAGGGAAUUUUUUCUUUUCUGUUGUUUCGCAAAACGCAAGAAAAAUCAAGUUUUCCAUGGAAACAAAAGACAAUCGACAUUUGACGUAUAAUGGGAAAACAUUCGAAAACGUGUGCAAAAAUGAACCCCAGAUACAAACAAACAUCCAUAGAAUUAGCAAUUUCGAAUAUGAAACCCAAAUUGGGAAAACGAAUAGUGGAUCAGUCGGAUGUUAUAGAAGUACUAUCCGAUGAUGAUGACUACUUACGAAUACCAACAAAAAAAAAUUUUCAAGGAAGUGCGCGUCCCUUCUUUACAUACAGCGAUGAAGAAUUCGAAAGAAUGUUAUUGGAAAAAAUGUCGCAAAGUCCUAUUGACACCUCGACGCCGAAUGUACAGCACAGGCAAAGCUCCAUAUUCACUGGUAAUAACCUAACAGAACAGUCAAACGAUUCUCAGGAAACUGUUACGAUUGAUGAUUGCAUUCGGCCUAUCCAUAUCAAUGAUAAUGUUGAACCUGUUGUAAGUAUCACCUGUUCUGAGCAUAAUCCUAAUAAUUUUAAUAUGACACGUAAACCACCAUUAGUAGCUAAAUUUAGGAAAACUAAAUUUAUAGAAAAACUUGCAACAAAACAUUCUGAACCAGUAAAAGAAAAUAAAUUUAAAUUAAGUACUAUUUUUAAUAACAACAAUAGUCAAAUAUUGAAAGAUUUUCAAGUGUCUGAAGAAAAUAUUCUAAGCAACAGUGAUGAAAUUGAUAUAAUUGAUUUGACUGUUUCUGAAUCUCAAAGUAAAACUAACAAUGCAGAUUCCCCAAAGGAUUAUCAACUGUCUGAUAACGAUGAACAAAAUGUUAUAAGCAAUGUUAAUGAAAUUGACACAUUUGAAUUGAUUCUUACACCAUACACAACAACAGAAGUUGAAGAUAUUAUUUCUAAAUCUCGUAAAAAAAAUAAAGAUAACAAUAGAGAAGAAAAUGCGAUAAGCAGAAUUGACAAUUUGAUUGAUGUUGACCAAACCAUUGAUACCAUUAAUACAAUACAAGUGGAAAAUACUGGUAGCGAAUUUCAUAACACUUCUAUCUCGGAUACGGUCAGAAGUCUAUAUGGUAGCUCAAAAUCACGCUCUAGCAUAUCGAACUUGGAAACCUUCGUCACGCUAUCAACAUCAUCUAGAUCCAGUUCGGAAAAAGAAGAAAUAAUUAAUUUUGAAACAUUGAAUUUUUUCAAAUGUUUGCUGAGGAACAUACGAGAUGCCACACACUACUCGCACGUAGUACAAGAUGAGUACGAGACUAUUGACAGUUUCCUGGCGCUUAGAACUGAUUAUCAGUACCUAUUAUACAAACUGUACACGAGGCAAAAUAAGUGGAGGAAUUUGUUUGAGUUUGUUGAGUUAGUCAACAUGCGUUUAGAAAAACAAGACGUUAUUAUUAUGUAUGACGCACUAUUAUCAAAUAACUUAAUAACGAAUGAUUUUAACAAUGAUGAUUUGGAUGAGUUGCUGUCUGACAUGAAGAUGGAAAAUGUGAAACAGAUUUACGAUAUGUUCAAGCUGCGCCGAGUGUCUAGCAAAGCUAAAAUGAUACAGGAAUUACUUAGAUUUGCCGAUAACCAAACAACGAUCUGCGCCUGUAAUAUGAAGACUGUACUACGGGAUAAAAUUAAGGAUCAGUUGUGUCAUUAUAUGAAAAUUCAUCCUAAGCUUUCACAAGCCUUUAACGAGUUUUAUGCUUUAGCCACGUUCACAAAUCCUAAACUGGAAAACAUUCACGAUUUCAUGCAGACUGUUUUGUAUAUGAAGGCGGUGUUCCCUAAUUACAUGAUGGAACCUUUAUCAGUGUUCGAAAACAGAGAGGAAUUUGUCAAGUUUUUGGAAGCCAAAAACAACAGAAUCAAUAUUGAAAAGGCAGAAAAAUCGAAAAACAUAAAUCUCAUUGUUGUGUUGGCAAAUUCCGCCUUUCAAGAAUUGAAAUUAUUGGUGGAACAAGGAGUUGUGUACCCCCCACAGAAUCAGUAUACAAAACAAUUCUGUGCCUAUCAUGUAUAUGUGAAAACGUUGACGCGGUGCGCUAAAAAAAUACGCACCAGUCAUUACGAAGAUGUGAAAAUGUGGCUCGAAUUUCUAAUCGAGCACGUUGAAUCGGAAACGCAGUGUGGAGACUGGUACACUCAACUUGCCUGGUUGUAUAUGACCAAAAAGCCCGUUAACAUUCAAAAAGCGACUGAACUUCUUUUAAAGGCGUUCCAGGAGAAAAAAGGAAGCUUGUCUGAAGUGCAGUUGGAGGAAAUGACAACGAAAGCGCGUACUGUCCUGCGUAAAGCAAGCAAAGACCAAAAAGACUUGUUGACAAGACUGUUGCCACCAAAAAUGAUGUCAUUCCCCAAAAUCACCAUACACGCCGACUGCACUUUGACGAACCAAUCAGGUAAGAAACGCCACUACUUCAUUAAAGAUGGCACAGACACUGUAUACAUGAGCGUGGAGGAUAUUGCCAAAUUGCAUUACAUACAAGAGAAGGGUUACGAAGAUGGAAUGCAUUGCGAGGGUGGCAUCAUCCAGGCCACGUUUAUGUUAUUUUUCUGGGAACAUAUUUACGACUGUUUCGUGCCCGGCACCUUCAUCUCGAAGUAUCAGACGUGUCCGUUGGACAUGCACAGUAGAAAGUUUUAUCUGAACCGGAAGGAACAUAUCGAUCACCGGCUGAGGGAAAUCCGGUACCUAUGGAAUAAGAAUGAGAUGCUAGAAUUUGCUACGAAAGCGUGGGAGUCGUAUUCAACUUAUAAUGCGAUAUGGAAUAUUACUGGUUAUGUGAACAACCCGCAGUUUUUAAAAACAAUUUUAUUGUCGAUCAAGAGAAAUGUUUUAGCUGAUAUUUACAAGAGACUCGUGACGGAUAUCAAAAGUUACAGGAGCGGACUGCCUGAUUUAUUUAUGUGGGAUACCAAAAAUGAGAGAUGCAAAUUCGUGGAAGUAAAAGGGGAGAGUGAUGUACUUCAGCACAAUCAAAAGUUGUGGUUGAAGUAUCUUAUUACAAUUGGUGCCGACGUUGAAGUGUGCCAUGUUUUACCUAGAGGAUCACAUAAGAAGAAGUAGUCUGGAACUGUAAGACAGGGAUGAAUUACUUUAUAUUAUUAUGUUAUGUUAUAUGUCGGAAGUUUUUCUCAAACAUUUUGUAUGUUUUUCAGUUGUAGAUUUUAAUUGUUCAAAGUUUUAAAUAUAAAAAUAAAUAUAUUUUUGAUAUU